ACUCUUCAUGUGCACUCAACAGGCUCGGUGGUGUAGUUGGUUAUCACGUCAGUCUAACAUAGGUUAGUUCACUGAAGGUCCCGAGUUCAAACCUCGGCUGAGUCAUUCGUAUCUACGAUUCGCUCCUGUUCCCGCGUUCGAUUCGCAGGCUUUCGUUUUUGCUUUAGCCCGUUCAUAUCCAACCCACCCUGCUGUAUUGGAGGGUAUGUGGUGUGGAAACGCCUUCGAAGUGGCAGGAACAACCUUUGUUUUUGUUAAUCCCAAACAAGCAAAACUUAGCGAUUACGGUCGCACUACUGUCUGCCAGCUGUGCCAGCAACUCCAAUGGAUCCAGCCCAUCUAACAACACGGAUAAUGCGGCCCAAGCCUCGGUCACUCAGACUCCCGCGAGGCGUAAGUCUCUUUCACACAAACCACAUACGCGCACCGUGAGUCUCGCUGCGGCGGAAGCCGAUGGCGACGAAUUACUACCAACAGUGGGCACCGCAGUCCUAUCAGAACAUUUCAUAUCAGCCCGUCUAUCAGGCUGAGCCGGUUCAGGGUGCGCCAGCCAAAUGGGGUCCCACGCCUGAGCACUUCAUUCCACAGGCUGACCAACAUCCCAAGCCCAAGCAAACAUGGUUCCAAGCACAUUUCGGUGGGUUGAAAAGAACAUUGCGCUUGUUCUUGGCAGUUGCGAUUGUCGUGCUCGUCGUCAAUGUCUCAUGGCUCGUCUACGCAAAAACGCACUAUAGUGGUAUUGCCUCGGGCUUUGGGACCAUCCAGCGCGGGGACUGCAAUAUCGCAAAGUCAACGAAUACGUGGUUGCAUUUGCUGAUCAACGUCUUGUCUACUUCGCUGUUGACGGGUAGUAACGCCUUCAUGUCUGCCUACUGUUGCCCCAGUCGUAAAGAGGUCGACAAAGCGCAUGCAAGGCGCAAAUGGCUGCAUGUGGGCAUACUGAGCCUGCGCAACCUGAGCAAGAUCGCAAAGAGGAAGAGCUUAGUCGUGCUGCUUUUGUGUGUCAGCAGUGUACCAUUCCAUCUACUAUACAAUUCGCUAGUGUUCGUAUCGCUGAGUGCAAACAACUACUACUACACCAUCGGAGCUGCGGACUUCCUCGAGGGUGCAUCCUACAAUCUCACGGGUCCCCUUCAAACCAGUUCGGGCAGCCCUUACUGGACGCUUUCAGCUCUUCCAGGUAUAAAUUACGACACGUCCACCACUCAGGUAUACUACCGCGACAAGACAAGAGUGGACAACCUCUACAAGUAUUAUGACCAAAUACAGAAGAACGCGUCUGCUUGGGAGAGACUGAGCAAUAGCGAUUGCAUACAAGCCUACUCGAAUGUAUUCAUGACUGGACGGCGCAAUGUAGUCCUGAUUUCCAGUGAGAAGAACACAACCAACUCAGUACUCGACUAUGGGAUUUCCGAGCUAGACAAUGGUGGCAUGGACAACAACUGGUGGAUAUGCUCGAAGGUCCAAGACGGUGGGAACGUCAAAUGCCAACCUGACGAUCUUAAGGCCAAAGCUGAUAAUUGGACGGUAUGGGGCUAUCCAAUUGACUAUUGUCUUUCCGAAAAGAUCGAAGACGUAUGCGAGGUCGAGUUCAGCAUGGACAUCAUGGUAGUAGUCAUCAUUUUCAACAUUAUCAAAGUGAUCGCGAUGACGUGGGUGCUGCUGCGAUACAACGCCGAGGACAUUCUCACCACCGUCGGCGACUCUGUCUCGAGUUUCUUGGAGCGAGAGGAUGUGACCACCAGAGGCAUGUGUCUCGCACUGUGGCGUGAUAUUGACCACGCGUGGAGAUCUCCAGGCAAUGGCGUUCUCUACCAGCCCAGCCGACAAUGCUGGGCUAAAGCGGUCAGCGCAGGGAAGUGGACGUUCUUCAUCCUCAUGAUGCUCGCCUCCUUCGCACUUAUCGCCUUUUUUGGUGGCUGGGGCUUCGUGCACACGAAAGACCGCGGUAACUCACUUUCUCCAUCAUCGCUUUGGGAACUUGGCUUUGGUCGGGCGCACCAGGACGCCGUCGUGAUCUACGACACCGUAACAAGCUUGGUCGGCGUCGCGCUCCUAGCCAACAUACCACAGAUUCUCCUGGCUUCGGUGUGGCUCCUCUAUAUGGGCAUUCUGACGAGCAUGUUCCUCGCCGCCGACUGGGCAGCUUUUGGUACCAAAGGACAACCAUUAAUGGUUAAGAAUGCGCGCGGCGAACAGCGAGGCACGUGGCUUCUUGGCGCACCGCUGGCGUGGGGUCUGCCGCUCCUCAUACUCCAGGUGAUCCUACACUGGCUCAUCUCCCAAAGCAUUUUCCUCAUCUCCCUCAACAUCCACGAUCCUGACGGCACGCUGACAAAGUACCGAAAAGAAGGGCCCAGGUUCUUAAACUGCGGAUACUCACCCAUUGCGAUCAUCUUCUGCAUCGUGGCUUCGUUGCUGCUGAUGCUGAGCGCGAUUGCAUUGGCGUUUCGGAGGUUUCCUCAAGGAGCGCCACCUGUGGCCGCGACGUGUAGCGCGGCGAUUAGUGCGGCGUGUCAUUUGCCGUAUGGGAUGCUAAAGCACGAUUCUUUGUAUGGAAAUAUGAAGUGGGGACAGUGUGGUCAGCCUCAGUAUGGGGUUGGACAUUGCGCCUUGAUGCCGGAGGGUGCCUUUAAGGCCGGGUAUGCUCAGACGCCCGUACCAGGGUGGGCGUACGCUUGAAGGAAAUGGAGCGAUGAAGCAUAGGAAUCUGCGGAAUUGUAGAGCUAGAUACCUAUCAUACCCCAGGCAUUAGGUGGUGUAGAGGUUCGGCCAGAUUUUAUUGGCUCGGUAACGUGCACGCUACUUAACACACCAACGCACCCCUUGUAAUCGGAGUCCACAGCUGAAGCCGAACGAUUCGAAUGCGAACACAAAGCCAAUUUAGUUUCUAUAUAUUAUGCUAAAGUUGGGCAAAUAGCAUCAAUCAAACACGGCUCGGUGGUGUAGUUGGUUAUCACGUCAGUCUCACAGCCUCACCUGUGCGACCACUGAAGG